AUGGGUGAUGAUUUGAAGACAUUUGUUGAAGAUAUUUGUAAAGAACUUUGUGAUAAACUGGUCAUUUCCCAGGAUGCUCUUGGUGAUUUCAUGAUGCUGAACAAUGCUGACAAAGAACAGUUUGCUGACUGGUUCACAGUCUCUCUCCCCCACCUCGUCGAGGCGUUUGACUCCCUGGGCCCCCUUAAGGAGGAGCUUCGUGCCCGUGCGCUGGCCCAGAGGGUCCUGAAUGCCGCCUCAGCACCCACACCUCCGUCCCGUGAACGGGUAUCAUCGCCGCUGCCUCAUGAGCCAGAGGCUGUGAGAGGUGGAACGCUGAGUUCCACUUCCACUCAGCCAUCGCCUCACCGUGGAUCAGCUUCCUCGUUUCCGCCACAGUCAAGCUGCACUGACCAGCACACGGAGGCGAUGGAGGCCAUAGAUUUUGGCGACGAUGAGCGUCAGCAGGUGUUGCAGGCUUAUCGGGAGGAGGAGCUCCGUUGGAAGCCUUGGCUCAUUCCCGAGGAGGAGCUCCCACCUAUCGCCCUGCUUCAGACCGACCACUCACCGUCACGCCCUCGCGAGGACUUCACGUCUCCGGCCGCUUGUCUGGCGAGGAUGUGGGCAGAGGAGGAAGACUCGAUCCCAACGGUUAACGCUGCCGCGCUCGCGGCCACUCCCAGGAGGAAGCGGCGUCGGCGUCGCUCUACACGGCACUCAGAGGUAGAGGCAGGGGUCACCCAGCCAGCACCUGAGCUAGUUCCCACCACUGGGGUCAGGGCAGCCGUAGGUCUGCCAUAUCCUGCACCUGCAUCUGCACCUCAGGUGGGAAUGGCUGCCGUCCAGUUUGUUCCCACACCCAGGGUCGGGUGGGCUGCCCCGGGCUCAUUGGGGCUUGGCAGUGCUGCUGCUGUGGCCCCCGGUGCGGAUAGGCCUGGUCCCCUGCCAUUGGUGGAUUCCAGGGAACAUGGGUGCCUACCGGGUUCAGCGGAGAAGCUGGUUCCAGGGAGGGGGUACUUUGACCCCCACCACCACCACCAAUCCUUCCCUUCCCAUCCCCACAUGCCUCCCUACUCCUGCUCCAGCACACCACCACACAGCACCAGACAUGCAGGGCCAAGAGCUCCUCCAAAUUCUGACAGUUUCAUACCAGUAGAACAUCAUGAGAACAGCAUCACCCUGCAGUGGGAUAAAGUCAACAACAAUGUCAGCUUUGUUCUCCAGUUUAAUGUCUCAUCUCUCACUGCUGGAACUCAAUACACAUUCACUCUCUACUCUGUGUUUGAGAACGUCAGAAGCAGUGGAGUCAGCAUUGCUGCAGUCACUGAGACACACCUGGAGUGCUUACUAAAAGAUCUUGGUUUACAACAGUACUACACAAAGAAACUGUCACUGAGCAAAAUACUUGAGAUUGAUAAGACGACCAUCAACGAUGAACCUGCCAAGAGUAACUCAGACUUUCCAUGGUAUUUUCUAAAGAAACUGAUGAUGGUUAAUGUGGCAGCUAGGAAUAUGACAUGUACAUCAGAUUGUGAGUCUGAUGAUGAAACAGGGAAUGCAGAGGAUUUGGACAGUUCAAACACAGAUGACAUGCCAAACCCACUCGACAUAAUCGCUGCUCUCUUUCUGUGUUCUGAUGGUUUUCUGCAGCAGGAAAUGGCACUAAAAAUGUCCACAUGUCAGUUUUCUGUGCCUCUGCUGCUUCCGAAUUGUGACACCAAUCAGUGCACACUCAUGCUGUGGGCCAUGAGAGACAUUGUUAAAAAGUACAGACCUCAGUCUCUGUCAGAGUCCAAGGGCUUCAUUGAAGACAGAAUCGUUCUGUCUGAACUUCCAAUGAUCUCUUUUGUCAGACUGGGUGAGUGCUCCUCGUCCAAGUCAGAGAUUCUCAAUAAGCUUCUGAGCAAUUCUCAGCAGUACCAUGACACCUUUGUUCAUCGCAACAUGGAGUGUGGUGACAGUCCAAGAAGAAUAUCCAACGGACUGACUGAAAUUACUUGGUAUCUUCCUUGUGGAAACACAAACAUUGAUAUUUUCAGUCAACCAGUGGCUGUAGCUAACCUUCAUGGGGACAUUGCUUCAUUUGAAACACAAUACUCCUUUCUGUGUCAAACAUCUGCAGCAGUUUUUGUGUUCUUUGACAAUUUGGACUCUGAGUGCAGUCUACUUACUAACCAACACCACAAGGCACAGAUCUUCUUGGUGGGUAACAAAAAGAAAGGGAAGAUGACAAUAGAGCAGAUGGCAGACGUUGCCCAUGACCUGGGAAUCCUGGUUGAUGAAGACUCUCCAGAGUGCCAGACUGCAAAGACAAAUGCAGAAGCCAUCACUGCAGAAAUUCAAGACAUCCUUAAAUACAAAGAAGAUCACCUUCCUCGGCAAGGAGAAAUAUGGAAAGAACUGAUCUGCUUAGAGAAGGAAGAAUUUCGCCUUCGAAAAGUUGGCUCUGGAAAUAUAGAAGAUUACAAAAGUCAACUUCAGGAAGACAGAAAAGAACUGCGGAAAAGGCAGAACUCUUAUGACAUGUCAACAGCUAUGACAUGUUUCAUCAAUGCAAUAUCACGCCCAGGAACAGAGAGGUUUUAUUUCCUGAAAUGGAUGCGAAUGAACCUCGAUAACCUGUCUCGCAUAAAACUUUCUGAACUUCAGGAAAAAUAUAAAGAAAAAUGCAACAAUUCUGAGAACAAAGAGGAGAUCAAAGAAAUUGACAGACAGAUUUCCAACAGCUCACUGGGGACUGAACACUUCUUCCGUGAAAUGGGUCAGAUCUAUGAAACCUCACUGUCCCUUCCACAAACAGAUCCAUCACGUCAACAGCUGCAGCAUCUGCCCAAACUGUGUGCAGAGUUGUUGCUUGAUGGAUUUCCUCUUGAGCUUGUAGAUGGAGAUGCAUCCAACAUCCCUCUCAGAUGGGUGAGUGAUGUUCUCUCUCAGCUCAGUGACUUGGCUGUGACCCAGUAA